GAUUUGUAGCGCGGGAGUUCAUCGCCUAGCUGUGUUUAACAUCCCCGCAGUUGUUUAUACGCCUACAUAGUGCAUAUAUAAUUUCUGUGACUUCAUAGGUACGCGCCGUGAACUCCAGGAAAAAUUGUCGCGGACAGCCGAGUGCAGAGCAGGUCGACAGGAGUGGCAGCGCCAAGAUGAACCUUGUGCAGACAAACCUUUUGCAUGAAGUGGCGCUGGAGGUGAAAGCGCAAGGCGGGCCGUCGCAGUUUAAGGCGCAUGCGCUUAAGCAUUUGGAGCUCCGCACGGUCCUGAAGGAGAGCCACGCCUCCCCCAUCCUGGACUUGGUCUUCAACUCGGUCACCCCCGGCCACCACAACCUGUUUGCCUCCAUCGGCAAGGACCAGGUGACCAUCUACGAUGACGAGCACAUGGGCGACUACCUGGGAGUGGUGGUGCAUUACGUCAACAGCGCCACACCCCACCACGCCGGAGGGGAUGUGACCUGCUGCGCCUGGGUGCAGACGGCCGGCAUAUCCCGACACGAACUGGGAGACGCGUGCCUGGCUGUGUCGGGCCCUGAGGGCGCCAUCCAGGUCAUCAGCGUGGCGGAGGCCCGGGUGGUGGCGCUGCUCAAGGGCCACUCCUGCGAGGUGACGGAGCUGCGCGGCUGCGCGGGCGUGCCGGGGCUGCUGCUGUCGCUGGGCUGCGACGGCGGCAUGCGGCUGUGGGACGUGGCGGCGGGGGUGUGCCUGGCGGAGCUCUCCUGCGCCGACAUCACCACUGCGGAGCUGCACCCCGACGGCAGCUGCAUCUACACCGGCCACCGCGGCGGCCGCGUCAGCCGCUGGCCGCUGCAGCUGCAGCGCGGGGCCGCCGCCCCCGCCGCCGCCGCCUCGCCAACGCCCGGUGCCAGCUGCUUCGGCCCCUCGCCGCGUCUGGCACUGGCGGCGGGCUGCGCCCCCGCGCCGGCGCCCUUGUCGCUGCCGGCCAACCCGCCGCUGGGCGACUACAUCGACUGCAUCCGCUGCCUGCCGCGCGGGCGGCUCGGAGUCAAGUCCACGGACGGCCGUCUGGCUGCCUUUGAGCUAGCAGCAGGGAGCAGCGGCGCGGGUGCGGAGGCGGAGGCGGGAGCGGCGAUGGAAGCCGCGGGCGAGGCGCCAAGCAGCAGCGGGAGUGGAGAGAUGCAGGGCGGGGAGGGCGAGGCGCGACAGGUCCUGUCGCUGCGUGUGCCGGGCACGCACCCGGCCUCGGGGUCGCGGGGCGGCGUGCAGCGCUGCCGCUUCAGCGCCACACGCGACGGCGCUUUCAUUUGCGUGGGCAACUCCGCGGGGGACGUGUAUGUGUACGACGCGGCCAGUGGCGGCCGCGCCGCGCACCACCCCGCGCACAAGGUGGGCGGCCCCGCGCGCGCCGCCGCGCUGUCGGAGGACGGGCGGCACCUGCUGGUGGUGCGCGGCAACGGCUACAUACUCAGGUACGAAUACAUUCGCAAGCUGGACGCUGCGGCGGCGGAGGCGGGGCCCAGCUCGCGCGAGGUCAGCCCCGACCCGCCCGGUGCGGAGGCGGCGGCAGCUGCGGCCGGCGGCGGCGGCGGCAAGCGCGGCGCGGAGGAGGGAGCGGACGGCGGGCGGCGAGUGAAGGGGCGGGCCGGCGGGGCGGAUGCAGAGGACGACGAGCGGGAGGACCCCGAGUGGUCGGGUGGCAUGGAGGAGUAGACGCGCCUGGAGCGUGUGCAUGUUGGGGGGGAGGCAGGGGUAUGUUUGGGGGAGUGCAGCGGGGCAAUCCGGCUGUGCUGGUGGGCGGAGGCUGGAGGGAGUGCAGUGGCGAGAGCGAGAGCGAGACUUGUCGAGCGAGCAGUCCGGCCCGGUUCCAAGAUCCGCGGGAACUUGUCGAUGGGCGAGCUUGCCGAGCUGGAAACAGCGCUGUAAAAAUUUCCAAAU